UGCACUAGGACCGCGGGGAAAUGACGAACUCGCUCGGUUUAAAUUUGCAUUAGCUUCGUUGGAAACUGAAACCAGCGGAUGUUCUGUAUAAAUUACUAGUGACAGGAAAAAACACAGAUCCGCGAGAGAACUUUCGUGCCGUUAUGGGGGCUUUUCAUCCAAUACCGGAAGAUCAUCAUUACCGGAUUUUGUCUGAGAAGACAGGCUUUACACUGGAGCAGAUAAAAAUUCUUCACAAUCGUUUUAAGCAGUUAAGCCACAAUGAUGAUGUGCUACGGAAAGACGAUCUCAACACACUUCCAGACCUAGCAAGCAACCCUAUUCGAUCGCAGAUUGUAGCAGCUUUCUUUGACAGAAGAAAUUUCCAGAGAGGAGGUGAAGGCUCAGUCCAAGAAAUUGGCUUUGAGGAGUUCCUCAUUGUCAUGUCUUACUUUAGAGCUCCAUCAGUGCACAUGACAGAGGAGCAGCGAGAAGAGAUACGAAGGACAAAACUGCGCUUCCUGUUUAACAUGCAUGAUACUGACAGUGAUGGAACCAUAACACUGGAGGAAUACAAACAUGUGGUGGAAGAGCUGCUCUCUAGGAGUGGAUCGCUCGGAAGGGAGACAGCCAAGGGCAUUGCAGAUGCUGCUAUGCUGGAGGUUGCUAGCAUUUCAGUGGGUCCCAUGGGUCCGGAUGAAAUUUAUGAGGGGAUCACAUUUGAGCAUUUUGUGAAGAUUCUGAAAGGAAUAGAAAUUGAGACGAGGAUGCACAUCAGAUUCUUAAAUGUGGACACGACAAGUCUGUGCAAAUGAUGCCUUAUCUGCCACCGAUGUGUCACCAGACAUUCCAAGGCACCAAUGGUAUCUCUCAAGCUAAUGCUUAGCAGGAAGGUAAAAGGGUUAUUUUGCACUUAAAAUAAUAUCUUGGUUAAGCACUAUGGUGGUGCUAAGGUUUUAUAUACAUUAUAAUUACAGAGUAAAUAAAUUGACAGAUUUGGUGUAGCAUGUUUAAGUCAAUGGACAGAAAUAGACUUUGCAUGUUCGCUUCACGCAACAAUUUUAAGAUCUGUGAUGAAUUACUUGGAGAACUGAAGGAUUUAUCUGUUAAUUUGCAUAUUAUCAAUUCCAGAGACCUGAAUGUUAUUUAAUUAUCAUGUUAUUUAAUUGUCAUUAUUCAGGGGGCAUAUAUGUACUGUAGAAUAGCAAUAAAUAUGCUACAGAAUGGCAAUAAAUAAACUUUCUCACUGUGA